GGCCGCUCGGCCUCGAUACCAUCUAUGACAGCUGGCGAUCACAACCUUUAACACAACAAACGUAAAACCUAUGUAAGAAGCAUUGGACAACCUACUCCCAUGGAUUUUUAACAGUCAUACACUAAUAAAGGAAUUAAACGCGUGUGAACAUUGUAUUAAGACUUGUUGUGUCAUGUGAGAUUGUACAAAAGCUGUAUUGCAUUCGAGGCUUUCAUAGCGGUAGAGCGAGGUGCGCUGUAGAAUAUGAUAUAAUUAUGAACAUAACGUAGAUAAAAGGAAGGGGCAUGUAGAAACGUCAGGAGUAUGAUCAAUGGAGGUUCCAUGGAGUCGCGUGGGCACGUAAGCCAGGCCCUGCCUACCAAAUAUCGCGCUGACUAUAAAAGCUGCUCGCAGUCACUCCCGCUUGAUAUUCUAUGGUUACCUCGUUCGGCGUUUCGACCAGCAGACAGCGAGCUGGCGGACUGUGUUCUUGUGGUGGGAGUGUCGCGGCCGAAGUUAGCCGCGGCCCUCCUAUCCGUCACUCUGCUUUCUCUCUUUCUCACAUUCCACGUAUUAUAUGACAGUGCACUGUAUAGUAUUCAGGCCGCGAGUAUUGCUUCAGCCGCCAGCGAAGGUCGAAAAAUAUUACAAAAUCAAGAGAGCAGUCGCACGAUAAGCCAUCCUAUGACUUUAAGGAAACGGUUGAAAAUUCCACGGGCGCCUCGACCCGUUCGUAGAUUACCUCAGGCCCUUAUUAUCGGAGUGCGCAAAUGCGGAACGCGUGCUUUACUUGAAAUGCUUUACCUGCAUCCGAUGGUGCAGAAGGCUUCAGGGGAGGUACAUUUCUUCGACCGUGAUGAGAAUUACGCUCUGGGUCUCGAAUGGUACAGGAGUAAGAUGCCUCUGUCUUUCAAGGGACAGAUAACAAUUGAAAAAAGUCCGAGCUAUUUCGUUACUCCGGAGGUCCCAGAGCGAGUUCGAGCUAUGAACUCAUCCGUACGUCUCCUACUGAUAGUCCGAGAGCCAGUCACUCGAGCGAUAUCUGAUUACACUCAACUGCGAAGCCGCGCAACUCCUUCUGCGCCAGCCUUAUCCUCUCCGGGCCAUCCUCUACCGGACGCCGCGAAGCCUUUCGAGCAUCUCGCUAUAACACCGGAUGGAGCUAUUAAUGUUGCUUACAGGCCCAUUGCAAUAUCUCUUUAUCACGCGUACUUACACCGAUGGCUGGAGGUAUUCCCUCGUGAGCAAAUUUUGGUUGUGAAUGGCGAUCAGCUGAUUGAAGAUCCUGUACCUCAACUUCGACGGAUCGAAAAAUUCUUGGGCCUUGAGCAUAAAAUAGGUAGAAAAAACUUCUAUUUUAACGAAACAAAGGGUUUCUACUGCCUACGAAAUGAUACGACGGACAAAUGCCUUCGUGAGACAAAGGGCAGAAAGCACCCAAGGGUGGACCCAGCUGUUGUCACGAAACUUCGAAAAUUCUUCGUUCAACAUAAUCAAAGGUUUUAUGACCUCGUGGGCGAAGAUCUGGGCUGGCCCGAAGAUUAAUUAUAGUAAAUAUUUUAAGAUGGAAGUGCCUCUAUGCUACAUUUACAUGCGAGUCAAUUGUCCAGACAUUUAAGUUGUCUAUUACAUACUGUAAUAUGCUUAAGAAGGUUUUAUUGUGAUUUUUAUUUUUAAUAUUAGUAGUUAUUGAUAGCAGUCAUAUUUAUUCGUUUCUAUGAAAUAUAAUUACACACAUGUAUAUCUGUGAUAUAUAGAAGGCGGAUAUUCAUGUUUAUAAAAAGCGAAAAACAUUUUAUUUCAAUACCUGUAAGGGGAUAGUAGACACUUUAAAUAUGUUGGACCUUUGUUCCUGAUACUGCAGCAUAACGGCAUGUCCAAUACUGUCUUACCUGUGAAAAACAUAUCAAUGUAACUAAUACAUAUCACUAGUUAAGGAAAUUUUUAAAACGUUUAUAUAUACAUUUUAGCGUGAAGUAGCUUAUUAGCGUGAAGUUGGCUGUUCUUUUGUUCUUAAAUCUGUUAUGGGAGCAAAAUUUUAGAUUUUAGUUCGUUAGCCUUAGUUCCUUUAAUGUUUUAUACAGAUAUAUAGGAUUAAAUAGUGAUUUGUAAGCCGUACCCACUGAAACCCUGAGCAAUAUAUUUUUAUAUAUAAGUGCAGCCCUUAUACAACGUUUAGAUUUACAGAUUUUACAUGUUCUUUUAAAGUGUAAGAUAAAUGUACAUUUCGCUUUCUCUUUAGAUGUCGUCGCUCUUGCGUAUUUUAAAUCUGAAUGUGGUUUUAGUCAUCCUACAGUCUUAGAAGUUUGUCCGUUUCAUAGCGAACUUUAUGAUAACUAUAUUACAAAGAUUAGACGUUUCUUGAGAAGUAUCAGUGUCUAUACGCUAUCAUAUUAACGAUGUGAUAAAUCGCUAUAAUGCUUAGAUCACUAAUUUUAAAUUUUGACGGAUUGUUCGACGCGGGUUUUAGAGUAUUUCUAUUUAAGUGUAACGUCCAAGACUGAAGAGUUAGUUAAGUCUAAAGUAAUGCCUAUCUAGCAUUAAAUGUCCAUAAGUAAUGCGAGAAGAUCCCUAGAUCAUGACACAAAGCUACGUACCUAUUUCAUUUUAUUUGCUCGACGUUUGAAUAAAUCAAUAAUACCAAAGUUGUCGCAACUUUCCAUUUCUCUUUCAAUUUUUUCAGCGAUAAGAGUUCAAGAACUUUAAAAGUGUCUAUAUAAAAGUAAUUACAUAAAGAGACUCUUAAUUAGGCUUACUUUUGAUUAUAUUUAUUUAUUUUAUGUUUGUUUGAAUGUAGAAAUCGUUUUCAGUUUUGGUUAUUAUUUUAUCCCGGGAAACUAUCAAUUUGAUGACACAGAUAUGCAAAACGGAGCGUGGCUAAAGCUUAUCUUUGUCUAUUAACGCUCCACAGAUUACGACACUAUAUAUAAAAUAAAAACACUUUUACCUUCUCCAUUUGUAUAAUUUUAUAGUCGUCGAGUAAAUAACUGAAUAGAAUUAAGAUCGAGCACUCGAAUUUUGAAUACAGUUUUUUAGAUAUUACGCUUCAUCCAAACUUCACGAUCAACGAAUAUUUGUAUAAUUUUAAUUCUACAAAUAAAGCACGAAAGAUACGAUACAUUGUGAUUAUGUCUUUUAAUAGUCCUAGUUAGAAUUAAAGAGUGUGGAUCACUAUGUAGGGACGUUUUACUGGAAUACCUUUAAAGAUACCAUACAUUUAUUCGACAUUUAGUAAAAACUUGUCGUCUUCAUAUGUCUAGGAAAAAUUAAAAAAAAAAUAUAAGUUUGUUUUCAAUUUUAUAAUUUUAAAUUCCAUAACUCGGUGUUCCAGAAAAAUGUUCCGCACAAGAAUAUCAAGCAUAUCAAAUUAAUGUCGGUUAAGUUUGUAGGUUAAAAAAUCUAAUUUAUCAUGUUAUUAGUUAAGUAUAAAAGUUAACUUGGGUUAAGAUAAUUCAAUAGUUACCGAUAGAUAUAAUUUAAUCACUGUUGAAUGUUGUGCACGUAUUGAACGUAGUUUGUUCUUAUUAGGGCAAUAAUUUUAUACUAAUUUAAAUGUUAUUGAGAGUACUGACGACUAUCUGUCUAAAGUAUUAACAUAUAUUUGCCGAGCAAUAUACUAUAUAUUACUCCUGACUUUUUUUAAAUAACUCUAGAUUCUAGAUAAUUCCCCGACUAUGUAGUCGUCGGAGGUAUUUAAUAGCUUACGUAUUGCUAAACCGGAUGAUUAAACACUACUAUCUAUAUCUAUUAACAACUUUCUUUAUGACUUUUACAGCAAAUCCCAGAAAGAUGCCUCUUAACCUAAUGUUGAACAUUAUUUAAACUCGCCUCUUUCACCUCCAUGCCCAUAGCUUGUUCAGUGUUAUACCUGUCGCAUCCAUACAUUGGACAGUCGGUCAGAACAUGUAACACCGUCUCUUCAGCUGUAUUGCUACAAGGACAGGCAGCACUUUGUCUAACCCUGAACCUGCAAAGAUACGACAAGAAUCCACCGUGACCUGUCAACAUCUGGGUAAUCAAUCCCGUUGGUUUUAUUUGUUUAAUUAUCGAAAAGGCCGAAAUAACGUUUGGAAAGAAUAACUUAGUUAUUGCAGCGGUUGCGCCGUUUCGAUAUCUGUGAUUCCAUUUUUCUAUCGUGUUUCCACGUAGACACGUAUUACUCCUGACUAGGUUCGCGUGGAAACAGAGAGGAGUAUUUGAUCAUUGAUUUUUUAUCAUAAAUAAAAGUGGUAUAUAAUAUAAUCUUUUUAUUCCGUAAUAAAGGUACUUAGAAAGCAUCUUAUUUCAGAAACCAUAUAAUAAGUAAAUUAUUAGCCUGUUUAAUUUCCAAUCAUGACAAGAAAAUAAUAAUAUACAGCUUAGAAUUCCUAGCUGCGGAACCCCUUCAUGGGUAAAGGCAUCCUCAAGCUUUUUCCAACUGACUCUGUCAUCUUACUCAAUUCGCAAAACCUGGUGUGUGAUGCUCUCAAUAAAAUUAGAUGUUAUAUUGAUUGAUGCUUUAGACAAGAUGGACGUUUGUGUUGUUCCUUAUAAAGAUCUCUUUAAUAAAAUAAUAAUUUACUUAUUUAUUUAGUUUAAAAUUUUAUUAACGGUUGACUUAAAAUAUUUAAACUCUGUA